UGUUCCGGAUCAAACGUGGCCUAAAAGUUUGUAUAGAAAAUCAAGUAAAAGCAUUUACUCGAAGUCCAUAUAAAUAGUGGGAGCUUCACAAAAAUUCCAGCGGCGGAGAUGGACCUCGUUCAAUCGGAACUCGAAACUCUUCGGAGCAGAAUCAAGGAAUUGGAAUACGAAAAUGCUAAAUUAUGUGCUCGGCUUUCGAGUUGCAGUUGCCAAGAGAUAAAGGAGAAAAAUAAUGGAGUUUUGGAUGGAUGUCAUGGAAAGAAGAAAAAUAAGCUCAGAGAUUUAGGUUAUGGCACAAUGAUGCAUCACUCGAAAAGAUAUGUUGCUUUGAAAGUCAUGUAUUUUGGUCCAAGGUUUUAUGGUUUUGCUUCGGAGGCUCAAAUGGAUCCCACUGUUGAGGGUGAACUUUUCAAAGCUCUGGAGAGGACAAGACUCAUAUUUGGAGACAAGAAGGUAUUGCAAUACUCAAGAUGUGGUAGAACCGAUAAGGGAGUUUCUUCCGUUGGCCAAGUGAUUGCUAUGUUCUUAAGAUCAAACCAUCGGGAGCCAAGAGGGCACAAUAAGUAUUCUGGGGAAAUUUCCGUUGAAGAAUCAUGUGGAGAAAUAGACUACGUAAGAGUACUAAACCGAGUCCUGCCAAAUGACAUUCGCAUUAUGGGUUGGUCUCCUAUUCCAGCUGAUUUCAGUGCAAGGUUCAGCUGUUUGAACAGGGUGUACAAGUACUUCUUUUGGCUGGGAAACUUGAAUAUAACAGCCAUGGAAACUGCUGCUGCGAAAUUCUUAGGGGAACACGAUUUCAGAAAUUUUUGCAAAAUGGAUGCAGGCAAUGUGCACAACUACCGGCGGCACAUAAUAUCUUUUGAAAUUCUCCCCUUCAAUGAAAGUUACAAAGCUGAUCAACUCAUGAUUAUGAAAAUCAAAGGUAGUGCUUUCCUUUGGCAUCAAAUCCGGUGCAUGGUUGCCAUACUAUUUCUGAUUGGCCAGGGUUUUGAGUCCCCUAAUGUAAUAGAUGCGCUACUGGAUGUUGAAAGAACACCGCGGAAACCUCAGUUUCCAAUGGCCCCAGAAAUACCUCUGGUUCUUCAAUCUUGUGAAUUUGAAGGCCUCAAAUUUAUUUGUUCGUCAGAUACAAAGCAGGCUUUGAAUGAACACUUGGAGCGGGAAUGCCGAAGUUAUAAACUUCAAUCUGCAAUUUUUCAUGAAGCUUUGCUAAACUCAUCAUGUAUUGAAAUUGACAACAAUAUAUCAAGUGACCAUAUAAAGAAGAAAGAAACUUCCCACAUUCCUCUUUUGUCUCGACCAACUGAGCCAUCAUAUGAGGAGCGGCGUAAAAAGCUGGAUGCAGGGGCUGGAAUGCCAAGAUAGAAAGUGAAUUCAGGAGAGAUGAAAUGAACGAGUGUCUUUUUCUAGUUUUAUCAUGUUGUAACAUUCAUUUUUCUAAUUUUAUCAUGUUGUAACAUUAAUUUGUACAUUCUAACGUUUAGCCUCCUACCAUUAAUAAAGAAUGAACUGCUUUUGCCCUUCA